AUGCCAGUGGUCACCUCAGGCAAAGUCCUCGUCACCGGCGCGAAUGGCUUCAUCGGCGUCUGGGUAGUAAAAUCACUGCUUGAGCAGGGUCACGCUGUCCGAGGAACCGUGCGCUCGGAGAGAAAGGCGAAACAUCUUCGCCAUGCAUUCGCCCAAUAUGGCGAUAAGCUCGAGCUCGUCAUUGUUGCAGACAUUAUCAAGGAGGGAGCGUUCGACGAGGCCGUUAAAGGCAUGGAUGCGAUCGAGCAUACCGCCUCGCCUUACCACUUCAAGGCUAACGACCCCGAUGAGCUCAUUAUACCCGCUGUGCACGGUACAACACGCGUACUCGAGUCCGCCCUCGCGUACGGUUCCUCCAUAAAGCGGAUCGUCGUCACCUCCUCCGUGGCCGCCGUCUUGGAGACCCUUCCCGAGCCCAAGGUAUUCACGGAGGCAGACUGGAACGAUGGCUCCGUUGCGGAAGUGAAGGAGAAGGGCCUCGCAGCGAGCCAGCCAGGGAAGUACCGCGCGAGCAAGACUUUGGCGGAACGGGCUGCGUGGGAGUUCGUCGAGAAGAACAAGGACAAGAUUGGUUGGGACCUUGUCGUGCUGAACCCGCCUCUGGUGUUUGGGCCAGUGCUGCAUGAGGUGGAGUCUACCGAUGUGCUAAACGAGAGUAUGCACGCCUGGUACCAUACCGUGUUCAAGGGGUCGCAGGACCCGAAGUCGCUGGGCAAGAACGGGAUGGCGUGGGUCGACGUGCGCGACCUCGCAGAUGCUCAUGUCCGCGCGAUUCAGACAGAGGAAGCCAGCGGUCAACGCUUCAUCCUCAGUUCUGGUCCCUUCAAAUGGCAGGAUUGGGUGAUCGCAUCACGAAAGUGUGGCGCAGACGCGCCGGAGGGCGACACGACCUACGAUCCAGCCAAAGCGGUGCACCACAUGAUCUUCGACAACACGAAGAGUGUCAAGGUGCUCGGGAUGAAGUACCGCAGCAUUCAGCAGACAACAUCCGACAUCAUUGAUGACUUUAAGAAGAGGGGCUGGGUGACAGCUUAG